CUUUGAUAUUAAAUAUGACUUGGUGGACUUUGUUAGACAUUGACUUUUGACCUUGAUGCUGUUCAACUUUGACCUAACUGCAGGUUCCACCGGCUGAAGAACCAGGUCAGGAGUCGAUUGAUAUGCUGAGGCGCACGAUGACUCCUAAUGGAGACAAAGAGCGGUGAUUUGGUAUGCCCCGAGCGAAGCUCGAAAAGAGGGAGCGAACAAGAGCGUUGACAUCGAUUGAGAAAAUCAAACAAGGGUCACUGUCUCCAACUAGGCCAGGCAUCAUCAUUGAGCGAGCCCAAAGGAGCAUUGCCACUGUUGCAUCUGGGUGUCUACGUGGGUGGAGGGCCGUGCGGCUGCAUUUUAGAGUGAAAGUUCCUCAUCUCGGCCUCUGGAGAUUCCGCGCGAAUCGGCAACGACAUGACAGCCGAAAAGAGCGGGCCGGUUAUAAACGGUAAACCGGAGGACGGCAGGGACACGGAUGGCUCCAGCUCCAGCCUGGACAACAGGGAGUACUACGAGAGAGGCCAGUGGAACAACAAGAUUGAGUUUGUCCUCUCUGUGGCCGGAGAAAUUAUCGGGCUGGGCAAUGUCUGGAGGUUUCCCUACCUCUGCUACAAGAAUGGAGGAGGUGCCUUCUUUGUUCCAUACGUCAUUUUCUUCGUAUGCUGCGGUAUCCCUGUGUUUUUUCUGGAGACCGCCCUCGGUCAGUUCACCAGUGAGGGUGGCAUCACGUGCUGGAGGAAAGUUUGCCCCUUGUUUGAGGGGAUUGGCUAUGCAACCCAGGUGAUUGAAGCUCAUCUAAACGUCUACUAUGUAGUCAUCCUCGCCUGGGCCAUCUUCUACCUCUUCAACUGCUUCACCACCGAGCUGCCGUGGGCUGGCUGCGGCCACUACUGGAAUACUGAGAACUGUGUUGACUACUAUGGAGAAAAUGCCACCAACAUUACUAACCCCAACGCAACCUCUCCUGUUAUUGAAUUCUGGGAACGGAGAGUUUUGAAGAUAUCUGAUGGCAUUGAGCACAUGGGGGGCAUGCGCUGGGAGCUGGCCAUCUGCCUGGCACUGGCCUGGUUUAUCUGCUACUUCUGCAUUUGGAAGGGACCCAAGUCCACCGGCAAGGUUGUGUAUGUGACGGCCACAUUUCCAUACUUCAUGUUGCUGAUUCUGCUGAUCAGAGGAGUAACACUGCCAGGAGCGUACGACGGCAUCAAGUUUUACCUCUAUCCAGACAUCUCUCGGCUCUCCGAUCCUCAGGUAUGGGUGGACGCAGGAACGCAGAUCUUCUUCUCCUACGCCAUCUGCCUGGGCUGCCUAACUGCUCUUGGUAGUUAUAACGCCUACAACAACAACUGCUACAGGGACUGCAUCAUGCUGUGCUGUCUGAACAGCGGCACCAGCUUUGUCGCAGGUUUUGCCAUUUUCUCCGUGCUGGGAUUCAUGGCCUACGAGCAGAAUGUCCCCAUCGAGGCCGUGGCGGAAUCUGGUCCUGGUCUUGCCUUCAUUGCUUACCCAAAAGCUGUGACCAUGAUGCCUCUUUCUCCACUUUGGGCCUGUCUCUUCUUUAUGAUGCUCAUCUUUCUUGGACUUGACAGUCAGUUUGUGUGCGUGGAAAGCUUGGUGACGGCUGUGGUGGACAUGUACCCAGAGACGUUUAGGAGAGGCUACCGCAGGGAACUGCUGAUUCUCGGCAUGUCUGUAGCUUCUUUUGUCAUAGGACUCAUCAUGUGUACAGAGGGAGGGAUGUACGUCUUCCAGCUGUUUGACUCGUAUGCAGCCAGCGGCAUGUGCUUGCUGUUUGUGGCCAUCUUUGAGUCCAUAUGUAUCGGAUGGGUGUAUGGGAGCGACAGAUUCUACCGAAACAUCGAGGACAUGAUUGGCUACAAGCCGGUUUUCUUCAUCAAAUGGUGCUGGAUGAUCUUAACGCCGGGCAUCUGUGCUGGUAUUUUCCUGUUCUUUUUGAUCAAAUACAAGCCGCUUAAGUACAACAAUGUGUACACCUACCCCGACUGGGGCUACGGAAUUGGCUGGUUCAUGGCCAUGUCUUCUAUGGUGUGCAUCCCACUGGGCAUCAUCUGGAUGAUCUGGAAGACCCCUGGGACCUUCUCUGAGAGAAUGAAGAAGUUGACGACGCCAAGCGCGGACCUGAAAAUGCGAGGGAAGCUCGCCGCUCUCAGUCCGUACGCCGCCAACGACGCCAUGCUUAAGGCUGACGGCAAAAUAUCCACCGUCUCAGAGAAGGAGACACAUUUCUAACUGACUUGCCUGCCUCAAUUGAGCCCGACCCUUACAAAAAAAAAAAAGAAAAAAUGACAGCAAACAUCAGCUGCCGUUACAGAAAUAUGAAACAAUUCAAAGGCUUAUUUUGAUUUUGUAAAAAUGAGGAAAAUGAAUCACCAGACAUUUAGUCUGCUUUUGUUUUGCACACACUUUGAUAACACAUUUUUUUUUGGUGUUCUUUUAACAUCGUCACUCGAGCAGACGCUUUCUCGCUAACCAUUUAAUAGUUAAACGUUGAUUUUGAUGACGUAUGUUUAUAUUUCCAAUAGCUGGCCACAUUAUUGUCCGUGCCUUGAGAACAAUGCCGUGUUGUCGGAAGCUUCCGGUGCACGCGUCUUUGUCAAACGACGUAGCUCGCAUUCGGUACGAUGAGCCCAAAUGUCCCAAAUGUAGCAGCUCCGGAUCCUGGUGGUGCGCGAUAGAGGAUACUGCAAUGUGUCUGAGUACUUAAUGUUGAGAGGUGGGCACUGAGUGCAGUCCAAUUUCUAAUUUCCCGUCAAAACAUUUCACAUAAGGCCUAAUAAGCAAGACGCACUAAAAAUACACAAAAUGUCUUAUUGCAUUCAUAUUGUUGAAUUUGUGCUAUUAUUCAAAACAUGCAUGAUUACUUAAAUGAAAUCAUCUCUGAUGAGCCAAUUAAGGCACGGCUCAUUGAUGAGAUAAGAUGAAAAGUGAGACGUCACCUCAUGAAGAUGCUACAUUUGAUCCUACAGCAACAAUUUAAAUAGGAAUAAAAUGAUACCAUAAAAUAAACAUGCUGAAAAGAUUUAUUUUCUGAUAAACAUGCUAACAAUGGUCUCAAUGUAUAAAUGUCUUGACCGGUAAUUAGCGUAACGGGCCUUUACAUUUGGCAGACUGCACUAAAUUCGUCGUUGCUACGUAGCAAAAUACAAAAUCACAUUAUUGGACUCGACAGAGAGAAGUGAUGAGGUUAUUGAUCGUGGCGUUGGGCUUUAUUGGCUCCUCAGGGGGCUUGUGUGAUUUCCCCCGUCCGUCUCUGUCGGGGGAGCUUCACAGUGACACUGAAGGGUGAAUCAAAAUAGGUUUAAAGCCUCGGAAAAUCUCCACACAGCUGUGAGCGACUGGCAGGCCGAGUCUUAUGAAAAAGAAGGAAAAAAGAACAAAACGCCCCUCUCUCUCUCUCUCUCUCUCUCUCUCUCUCUCUUUCUCUCUCUCUCUCUCUCUCUCUGCCAUCCUUUACGUCUGCAUGCGUGUCAUUUCACAGUAAUUAUGUUGAUGAUUUUAUACAGACGGACGGACGGACAGGCAGGUUUCCGCCCCUGCACUUUCAUUCCCUUGAGACGAGGACACGUCACACAUCACAUUGACAUUCUGAGAGCCGUCCUCGGCCUCUUUGGCGGUGACCCCUGCAAAUGUAGCCAUAUCACGGCCCUAAUGGAAGAUUAAACCGUAGUUUCCUUUUACACGGAACCAGGCAAAGGUGGGAUAUAAGGUGGGACGUAUCUUUCACACAGUGACUCGAUGUCCCGCAAUCAUCACGUUAGAUGCGUGACAACGCCGGCAUCAGAGCCUGAUGUGAUGUACCAGAUACUUGCCAGACAGUCACUCGGUAAAACAAGUAUUCUUUUUACACAAAACCCAGAGAAGGAGCGAUAUUGCUACAGUUUUUAUGCAGCGAAACAGAAUCCCGUAAGCAAAUAACAACAUGCAAAAUACAGUAGUUGUCGGGUCCUCCAGCGAUAAGACAAUUUUGAUAAUUAGAUGCCAUUGAGCGUGCGUUAAAAAAUACUUAUUGGACAGAUAAGACUACUUUGCAUUUUACACAGAACCCACCAAACACAGGAAAUUGCAGCACCUUUUCAGAACAAUGAGGCAAGCAGAUAAUUAGAUGUCUUGUGACAUAAAAUAGUUUUCAGACAGCAUCAGUUGCUUUCAACACAAACAGCGAUACAGCAUUUCGAUAGUUGAAGGACAACAAAAAUUGCUUACGGCACAACACAGCGGGUAAAACGAGUGUUGGGUAAUAACAUACUGCAACAUUCCCUUUUUUAGUUCUGAUAGAACCUUCGUGUUGACCUGAGUUGUCUUUUUUUUUUUAACAAAACUAUUUUUUUUCACAAACCAAUUGAAAAUGACUAAACGGAAUGGCAGAUCCAAGGUGAAUCCGUCAUGAUUGAAGCGUCCUUGUUCCCUGAGAAAUUCUAGCAUGACACGCUAAGCUAAUACUCCUAAUGUAACUAGGUUCCAACGGAAGUGAUGCGAGAAACCUCUGCUUUGCAUCAAGCAACAAGCUCUCCCACUUCCUUAGUCAGUGGAAACCAGACUACGCCAGGUUUCACCAACAUGGGGCCCAGCGGUAUGAGCUAGCCCAGUUAGUGUUAGCAUGUUCUGUCCGGCUAUUCCCGCUACCUGCCACGGAAUUUGAAUGUUAAUUGAAGGCUAUGCACAAUUGUUAAGCAGUAAAGCUUUUGCGUUGUCCACUCCCAAUUAGUUUCCCGAACUUUUUGGAGCUGUGGCACAUAUUUUGUAUUUGAAAAAUCUCCGUCAUACUGCAUUAAACAGUAAUAUCACAGAAAAGGUACAUGCAGGAUACAGAAAUAAUGCUGAUCUCAUCUUAAUUUAUUCAUUCUGCCCUAUUGUGAAUCCACAGGUUAAUUAUCUACCUUCUGUCAUCUAUACAGAAUAUAAUAGUUUUUUGGGAUAGAUCAAUAAAUAUAGACAUUUUUGGUCCAUUUCACUGCAAUUAGCUAAUGUUCCACAGCACACCUGCUGAUCUUUGUCCCGAUGGUUGAACAUCAUAGCACUUCGAAAAUGUAAAGCUCCCAUCAAGCGUUUUUGUCCGCAGAGGUGAAGUCCCAGCCGGUCCAGGUCGCCCGUUUAAUUCAAGCAAAUGAGCUGGCCUCAUUGUCGCUCAGUAUCAGCAUGGCCCAAUCAGCGCUCGUUCACGCCCCCCCCCCCCCAUUUAUUUCCUGCCACGUGCUCGCUCGUGCCCUCUUCUUCCCAUUCUCUACCCCUGAUGAAAAUGCAACCGUGGAGGGGGAAGCAACUCACUUUGUGAGGGAUUAGGGUGGGAUAAAGUUAGUGAUGAGGGAAAUUGGUCCACGUGCCCCCUCUCCGCCACAGUCGAGCCCCCCCCCCUGCCCAAUUUGUGACAUUCUUCUUCAACGCACAUUAUGUCAUUUCCCCAAAUCCCUCCUCACUCGCAUGCAGUUGCCGUGAUGUCAUUUAACACUGAUCACCUCCGUGUAAGAUUGUUCACUUUGUAGGAAAUGUGUGCUCUGUAUCGCCAGAUAAACAUGCUGCAAGUUAAAAGAUACUUUUGAUAUGCAAGUUCAAAAGCUCUUUGUCGUCAUAGGACUAUAAUGAAAAAGAAAAAAGGUGGUCCAGUGUUCUGUACUGUUUCGACACGCGUUUUUGGUGUUCACGGGACACGCAAACUGUCUGC